AUGAUCAAAAUAGAAAGUUUUGUGAAAAAGAAGAAGCUACCAGUGUUACCCUUUUUGUUCAAUUCUGUUGUCGAUGACAUCAUGUGUAGAGCGGUUGAGCAGUGCCCAGUUGAUGUUGUUGAUGGUUCUAACACUAUUCGGGCGUUCGUUGGUCGCUAUCAAGUACACCGCCGAAUUAGUAAUGUUCGCCCUAGCAGCGCGAAUUUGCAACAUGUCGUCGAACUUGUAUCGAAACCAGUUGAAGCCUACGGUCUACGACUCCUCCCUGAUGAAUGUGAGCAAAUGUGGGUUUCCGUGAACCUUUUAUUCAGGGAAAACCGACGACCAAUCGAAGUUGUGGACAAGUUCUGCUAUUUGGAUUGCAUCCUAAAACAAAUUAAGGCAACUAGGUGA